AUGGGGAACCCACAGCCGCAGCAGCAACAACAGUUGCAGCAGCAACAACAAGAGCAGAGACAAGGACUGCUAACGCCAACACAAGAGGAGGUCGACCCGCCGCAACGCCUCCAAAGCCCUAGAAGCAAUCCUAUGGGGCCCCCUGGCGGAGAUACCACGGCACAGGUGGAGGGCUCUCGGGGCCUUCCUGCAGACCCUCCUGCUCAAUGCCAACUUAAUGCUGGAGCAUUGGCCCUCUUUGCUCCUUCUAUCCGCACACCGCCACCCCGGCGGCAUUCCGCCAACUUGAAAGGGGACUGGAGGGGCCCUCCCCCUCCUGAGCUGUCUGGACAUACCCCGUCAACGUCAUCGAGGACCAGGCAUGCAGGGGAUCGCCGAAGUAAAGGCCCCCCACUAAUGUCUGAACAGCCAAAUCAGCUCGCAGACACAGCAACCCAGUCUUUUCACCAGGGCGCUUCCCGCAAGGCCACUAGGGGACCGCAAGGUGAACCUACUCGCCUGCUGCAGCAGCAGCGAGAGCGCAACCAAGUGCAAACGCAUCGGCAUGAGGGACAGGCAGUGGACCGUCUUCACACAGGCAGUACGACCUCUAUAGGGGAAAGGGGAGCUUCUGGAAACCCCAGCACAUCUGUGCCCUCGAUUGUCACCUCACCGCCAGACAGUUUUGUCGGGACUCCAGCACCAUCUGUACCCCAGCUGCCAGACCAAGCCUCCCCGCCCGCUACAGCUGUUGAGCAACUGCAGCAACCGUCCAACGCAAACCUUGGCGAGGUUGCUGCAGCUGCGCCUCAUCACUGUGGUGCAUUUAGAGAGGCAGAAACAGAGCUUCUCUCGAACCCCUUGCCGAGGCCCUCUGAAGAUAAGCGCCAGGGACAGCAGCAGCAGAAAGGUCCGCGGGGCCCGUCUGGAAGGACCCGCAGGGGCAGGAAGAGAAGGGAAUGUGGCGCUGGGAGAGAGCUGUCGGGUCGAAGGCCUGCUUCAGGAGACCCCGUCGGGCCAUCUGAACCCAUAAGUCAAACUGCAUUCACUAUCCUGGGGCCUGGUGAUGAUGAAUGUUGUGGUGGCCUGUCGUACUGCGGAGUCCCUCCUAAGCCACUCCAUGCAGCGCACAUCCUCGAGCUCUCACCGCUGCUGCUGGCUAAAGUGCUGCAGCUGCUACCGGUGGGAUCAGCAGCAGCAUUCGGUUCCACCUGUUGGAGAGCUCGCCGUGUGCUUCUAUCUUACUCAUGCAUUGUAUCUCUUUCGGCGCGAAACGUCUCAUCUCUUCUGUCGUUGCCUCCGGCUGCACUGAAAAGGCAACUUCCAUUCCUCUCAGGUCUUAAAAGUCUCGAAAUAGAGCUCACUUCAGCGGUCUCUCCACCAUUAUUUCUAGGUGCUGCUGCAGCAGCGGCAGCUGCUGCCGCUGCUGCCGCAGCAGGAAGUCUGCUCAGACCUACAGAUGCUGGAUACGAACAAGCGGGAAUGAAUAGCAACACCUGGAAUGAGCAAGCCCACACUCCUAGAGGGACGCGGGCGGAGAGAAGACAGCAGCAGCAGCGCGCCGCUAGUAGCAGCCGACAGCAACAGGCAGGUCAACAGGAAGGAGGGAACGAAGCCCAGAGGGACGCAACCGGUGCAAGGCUUGCUGCAAUGCCUGCACUAUCUCGUCUGUCGUGGGCAUACGGUCUCGUGCAAGGAAGGGCGCUUGAGCUCCUGCGCGUACAGCCGGCCUUCUGUGGAGCAGCAUCUGCUGCUGGGGAGGCGCAGCCUGCAGCUGGACAGCCGUCUCCACCGUCACCCUGGACAACCUACACUGCAGCAAACGCGUCACCGCUGCUCAGCUCGCUGUGUCACCUGAAAUCCCUCUCCGCGAAGCUCAAGCUUUCACCCACCGGGACCCAGGGGGACGCUCAAGCCUCUACUGAGUUGCUGCUCCUCUUGCAGAUGCUGCUGCACAGGAACGCCCACUCUCUUGUUUCAGUAAAAAUCGCAGUCGACCUCUCAGCUUCCUCACCCACUUGGCGCCACGUCCCCCCCUUGUUGCUCCCGCCUUCUCUGCCCCUUCUAAAGUCUCUGUAUAUAGACUUUCCUUUCCAAGUGACGUCAAACCUGUCGAUUUCUCUCGGAUUCUCAACCCUUUCUAUCCACUCUGCCCAGAGGCUGAUGCUAAUGAAAACGGGUACACUUUGGCGGGAGCCUACCAGUCCUGAAGGAUCUGUAUGUCCUUGUUGCUCAAGAAAGCCGUCUGGAGACAGCGAGCCUGCAGAGUCUUCUGUGGCUGACAGUGCCCACUACGGUGCCUCAAGCGAGAAUAGCUGUGCACUUCUCGAGGUCGAAGAGGCAACGCUUGAGCGCCUCAAGGAACAGCUCGGGAAGCCAGCCCCAGCUGCUCAAGCUGGAGGUAUGGGGGGAGGCAAUGAUGCUUCAGCAACAAGAAACACUGGGAACCCACAUUGUGUCCAACCUGAAGUUGUCGCGUUUCUACUUCUGAGCGAUAAUAGCGUGGCAGCUUUUCACUCUGACGGGUGUCUCUGCAUAAUUCGCGGCAAGGAAAAGCCCGCAACAGGCCCGUCAAGAAUUUUCUGUGGAAGUGGCGGCCCACUGCCGCUGACAGGCCAGGCGGUCGCCCUUCUAAGGAGAAGGGCCAUCCUCUUGAGUGAGCUGUCGGCCGUGGCCGGAAAUCCCUUCCUCUACAGGAUGAACUCUAGUGCUGUAAAUAUACCUCACGGUGAUUCUGCCCCUAACGCGCCUCUUGCCCAGCUGAACUUCACAUCUACGGAACAGCAGCAGCUGCUGCAGCAGCAGCAACCGUCGCAAGCUCAACAGCCGCAGAGAACCCCAGAAUCACUUCCGAUCGUUCCAGCUGCCCGUGGUUCAAGGCAUACACACAACAUCAGCGGGCAGGAGCAAAAUCCGCAACACGAGAAGGCGACACAGGAGCUGUUAGUCCGAGCCCUGCAGCAUCUCCUUGAAGUUGGAGCAGAAAGUCUGCAGCUCUUAGACGUCGACGGAGAAGUUCGCCACUUCUCAGUGUUGCAUGAACAACUCAAUUUUAAAUGCCUGCGUCGGCUAUCCCUUGGGUGGACGAUUACACCAGAGCUGCAGCAGCUUCUAUUUUUAUUCAGCAGCAAGAAGCUGCGGUCUUUGCAAAAGCUGAACUUCAAUGGUCCCGCCCAAAUCCAUCCGGAAGCAUAUAUACACAUUAACCGUUUCAGCAGCCCCACCAGCAGCAGCAGCUGCAAUGCCUGGGGCGAGCCAUGUGCGGCUCCUCUUGAUGAAGCAACUCUAAGGCGUAGUGCAGGGCUCAAUAACUAUGGGCUGGGCCAAAUUCAUCUCCAGCUCUACGCUCUUCUCAACUGCGGAGCAUGCAGCGUCUCACAAAUAGACUACGCACGCCAGCAGUUGCUUCAGCAACAGUUGCAGAUGCUAGGCAACUACAAAAAGAACAGAAGCAUCGUGAAAGAUAUCAAAAGUCAAAGCGAUCCGCUGUGCCUCGAGAUGGAGUAUGAAACUCUGAGUCCAGCUGAAUCCAACUUGCUUCUCCUCCUUUUGACUGCAGCAGCACCGACUGACGGGUCGAAAGAAGAGGAAACUUCCACAGAUCGAAGCCAGGACCUAGAAAAUGAGAGCUUCUUGAGCUCAGAGAUGUCGCCUCAGGCGAGCUGCAAGGAACGCCAAGGAACGCAAAAGCAGCCCGUAGACUCCUGCAGCAGCGUCACUGCGGAGUUCAAUCGGAUGUUGCUUCAGGAAGACUCAACGGGGCUGAACAAGCCUGAAACAACAAGCGGGAGCUCUUGCCGUCAUCGAGUUCAACAAGCAGGGUCCUGGCUGUGGCGUGCCAUUCCGUCCUCCUUGCGUGGUCUAGCGGGAUCUCGAGGAUGCUUCAGCGAGGCCGCUCCUUCAUCGCCUCAAGCAGAGGUUCCAGAUGCUACUCAAAGUGGGGAGAGAGUAGAAGCACAGCUUUCCUCACAGUGUGGGCGACCAGGAGACAGUGCCUCCUCUCCUGCUGGCCAGAAAUACCCUCUUGAAAACCCCUCCCAUGGCGCUGUGACGGGCGUAAUUCAUCAGCAAGACGAGCACGGCCUUCCCUCCCGCAGACGGAGACCCUCGGCAACCGCAGAAGGAAACCGAGAUUCCGCUGGCACAGAAAGAACAGCAGCAAUAGUUCCAUCUGGGGGCCCCCGCCCAAAGAGGCGGCGGCUUGUGGAGGUGCCACUGGGUGGGCCAAGAGGCGCAGCCAAAACAAAGGUCGACGCUCUUAGGAGGCACCUUGCUGCGUUUGCUCGAGAGCAUCUGCCGCUGCUAGGUGACCUCGUGUGCCCACAUCUGGAGGCUCUUGGUUCUCCCACAGGGGCCUCUAAACAGCCUCAGGAUAAAACAACCCCCCCUUUAGAGUACAUCUCGAAGGGUUCAUCCGAAACGCAGUUGAGCGUAAGACGCGCAGAGCUGCAGGUUUUGAAAGGCGUUACCUCCUUCUUGUUGGAUGCGGCGGGAGAAUACCUCGGGCCUUUGCUGGGGGAGCCUGAGAGCAGCAUCGGCACCAACAGCAGUGAUAGCAACGACAACAGCAAGGACGCCAGCAAAGGCAACAAUGUUUCCCUUGAGCGAGCCUCUGCCCGUCCAUGCCCGUUGCCUGGUCGUUGCUUCAAUCAGGCAUCCAGAAGUUCCACUUCUGGUGCUGUGGCGGCAACGCACCCUACCCACCCACUACAGCCGUUGAUUCGCGAAUUCCAGCGGCAGCAAGAGGAAGACGAUGAACUGUCUUUGUUACGUCUGCUACAACAUUCUCCUUCUCCCCGCACCAGCUGGUCCCACGGUGUUUUCUUCAAGUAUGCCUAUGUUGACCUUGACUUCGAGUGUCUUGCCACAUUUCGCAUCUGCCUUUGUCAUCACCCUCUAUUCAUCUUUUACAAAGAGCACGAGAAAGGGCUGCAUGUGCUGCACGUUGACGGGGUGUUCAACGCUGGAGCGGAUAGUGCCCAAGAGAAGACCGAGCUGUGGAGAGAGCGCCUUUCCUACAAUUACGUGUGCGACCCUGCGGUCCCUUUCGAUCAACAGCCGCAGCAACUACAGCAACAGCAGCAGCAACAGCAGCAACAGCAGCAACAGCAGCAACAGCAGCAACAGCAGCAACAGCAAGAAGAGGGACACCCGCAGCCCCAGCAAGAUAGUCUGGAGACAACUGAAACUGCCAACAUAGGCCGGCCGAUUUCAUCGCGGAGUUCUCGCAGGGGUGGAAAUAGUUCAGACGUCAGAGACGGAAACCGGUCGGAUAGACCGCCCCGUAUUCAGCUCCCUCCAGGAUCAAUAGCUGGAUCCAGGGACCCACUCUUACCGACACCCCCAACACCUCGAGAGGGUGACAUAAGGCUCUGCUCUGCAAAGGCAAGCAUCUGCCGUACGCAGCUCUUGCCCAAACGAGUAGAGGAGGAGACGCCGUCUACGUUGCUACCGCAUGUGGGGCCUCAAAUGACCGGAUAUGAUCUAUUUUGCCUGGAGAUGUGGUCGGUCUUGUCCCUGUGUCGCGAUCAAGUGUGCCCUCCCACCCUUGCGCAGUACUUGGCGGCCCUUAGACGACUUUGGGCCGAGACGCUUACACAACAGCAACGGGAUAUCUACAACAACAUUAUAACUCCCAAAUACAUUGCCCGGCGUCUAAAAGCUCCUGACCUUACAUUUGAAGCUCUUCCACCGUGGUGGCAACAGCAGCAGCAAACCCAAAGCCGCAGACGGCCUAAGGGUGCAGGUGGUGCCUCGCCUAGUAUAGGAGAUCCACCUGCUAGCUCUCCAGAAGGUCUUUAG